AUGGAUCUCGCAGUUACUUUGAUCAAGUCGGUUAUGCGGGCCUUCUACACGACUCGCGACAUUUUAGUCAUUGAUGCCCUGAUUCUCCACGAAACCCUUCGAGAUGACGAUCUUGCGUAUCUCAUGUCCAUAAACACCAAGGACCUGCACAAAAUUUGCGGAAAGCUCAGAGAGGACAGGUUCCUUACAGUACAUACCAGACCCGAAAAGCGACCCGACAACCCGCGACCCAGCAACAGAACGUAUUACUACAUCAACUAUCGCCAAACAAUCGACGCUAUCAAAUGGCGAGUGUACACGAUUGACAAGGAAGUGCAGGGCACUACGGUCCAGACUAGCGAAAUGAAGGAGUACUUUUGCAACUUCUGUAAGGCAGAGUGGACUACGAUGGAAGUUCUCGACAACAAUAGCGCGGCGGGUUUUUUGUGUCACAGGUGUGGCCACGUCUUGACUUUCGAGGCAGACAGAAACGCUGGAGGUCACGAGCAAUCGACAAGACUCAAUGACCAAUUCAAAUUCAUUACCGAGCAACUUCGCCAAAUCGACCAAGUGCACAUCCCCGAGUGCGAUUUCGAACGAGCGCUUGCAAAACAACGCCCCGUGGAGCGUGAUGCCACCCACCAACGCGUGGCGACUAUUGCAAUGGAUGAUGGCGCGCACCGGCCGAUGGAUGUCAAGGGUCUAUCAAACCUUGGCCCUCAGUCGAUAGCUGUGAACAUAUCAACCGCAGAGGGUGCGACUGAUGCCGAGAAGGAGGCCGAGAGGGCGCGCAAGGAGCGGAUUGCCAAGCAGAACGCUCUUCCCUCGUGGAUGUCGGCGAGUACUGUCAGUGGGGAAUCAUUUGGUGGAAACUCACUCGCUGUGCCUACCCUUGAUCGCAAGAAGGAUAACCCCAAGGAUGCAUCACAGUCCAAGGGACCCGAAGCCAGCGACAGCUCUAAGAUUGAUGAUAUUUUCGAAAAGCUUAAGGCUGAGCAACUGGCAGCAGCUGCGACGGGUGGUGACGAGUCCGGGUCAGAGGAGGACGAGGACGAAUUCGAAGAUAUUCCGGUAAGCACACCUAUCAUCAAGAUGGAGCCCUCGGAUGGCUCCGACUCGCCACAAGCCAAGCGGGUCAAGAUUGAGCCAGGUAUUAAAGAGGAGCCGAUGAAGGAUGCCAGCGACGAGGACGACGACGAAGAACUAGAAUUCGAGGAUAUUUGA